AUGGCCAAGCUUGCAAAACUAACAAAACUCAAAUCCGCCAUCAAAAGAUGGCCAUCCUUAACCAAACUAACCCGCAACAGCAGCUCCGUGUCUUCCUCCUCCAAGCAACACGAACACGAACACGAACAACACCUUCACGCUGUCUUCGUCGGAAAGUCGCGGCGACGGUACCUCGUGAACUCUGAAGUUGUUCAACAUCCUGUUUUUCAGGAGCUGGUGGAUAGGUCUUGUUGUGAGGAUGGUGUUGUGGUUGUUUCUUGUGAAGUUGUUUUGUUUGAACAUUUGUUGUGGAUGCUUGAGAGUGGGGGAAAUGAGACACAGUUGGGAUCCAUGGAUGAACUUGUUGAGUUCUACGAUUGUGGUGCAUGUUGA